AUGGCCACCCCCGCCCACUGCAUCGCCUGUUUCGAGGCUCUCGACGCCCACCUCGCCAAACGCCCCGCGCUGUCCCUUGACGAGAUUCAGUCCCUCUACGAGCAGUUCGUCGCCUCGACAUCCUCCUCCCCGGCGCCCAACAAGAACCCCACCCUGUCACGUCUCGCCAACCCAUCCCCCUCCUCGUCCUCGACAUCCUCGACCACAGGCCUCUCAACCUCCACGCCUGACACAUCCAACACAUCGCUCUCCUCCAUCGUAGCGAACAACAUCCCCGACAAGGCACCGCUCUUUGUGACCUGGAACGUUGUGGAAUCCGACGACGAUGAAGAAGACGAGGAGGUGUCCCUGAGAGGGUGCAUCGGCACAUUCAGCGACGAGCUCCUCGAGGAGGGCAUCCCCGAGUACGCACUCAUCUCCGCCCUCCGUGACACCCGCUUCCGUCCCAUCAAGGCCAGCGAGCUGCCGUCGCUGCAGGCCGCCGUCACACUCCUCACCGACUUUGAAAAGGUGGACGACCCGUACGACUGGGUCGUCGGCGUCCACGGCGUGCGGCUCAGCUUCCACGACAAGGGGCGCCGCUACGGAUCGACGUACCUGCCCGACGUCGCUAGCGAGCAGGGCUGGACCCGCGAGGAGGCCCUCUACUCGCUCUCGCGCAAGGCCGGCUGGGUCGGCAGCCAGAGCAAGUGGAGGGACCUCGAUCUCCAGGUGACGCGGUACCAGGGAAAGAAGUGUAGUGUGCGGUACGCAGAGUACAAGCGCUUCAAGGCGUGGGUGGACGCCAAGUAG